CGUGCGCGUCCGCGCUCUGACGGCACUUGUCCCCUUAAAUGCCCGUGUAAGUCACCCUGGAGAUGUGCACUAACCUUGUAACUGCUGUGCACGGCGCGGAGCAGAGCAGGACGCGGCUCCUGGUUUUACGCACUGUUCCGGCUGUGCCACCUCACAUCGCUGUAGAAACACUGAAGAUUUCUCGAAGUCCUGAAAUCAACUCGUCUCUGACCGUGAACUCGUCUCCUCUGUGCGCCACGCACGUGUCCAUGCUGUCCCGCUCCUAGCGGCGCGACAAUGACCGUCCACGUCGAGGGGAUCGUGGCCAUCGCGCUUUUCUAUCUGCUCAUCCUCUUCGUGGGCAUCUGGGCGGCGUGGAAAAAUAAACACUCCGGGGUGGCGGAGGGCACAGACCGCAGCGAAACCAUCAUGGUCGGAGGGAGAGACAUUGGAUUGUUUGUCGGCGGAUUUACCAUGACAGCAACCUGGGUUGGAGGAGGCUACAUCAAUGGCACAGCUGAGAAUGUGUAUCGACCUGGUUAUGGCUUAGCUUGGGCACAGGCUCCCUUUGGAUAUGCUUUGAGUCUUGCUGUGGGUGGCCUCUUUUUUGCCAAAACCAUGCGUUCUCGAGGUUAUGUCACCAUGUUGGAUCCGUUCCAGCAGCUGUACGGGAAAAGAAUGGGUGGCUUGCUGUUCAUACCUGCACUCAUGGGUGAGAUCUUCUGGUCUGCUGCCAUCUUAUCAGCACUUGGUGCUACUCUGAGUGUCAUAGUGGACAUCAACAUGAAGAUGUCAGUGAUCAUCUCUGCACUCAUUGCAAUUUUUUACACUCUGGUUGGAGGUCUGUACUCUGUGGCCUACACGGACGUCGUGCAACUGUUUUGCAUCUUUGUGGGCCUGUGGAUCAGUGUACCAUUUGCUCUGAUGAACCCGGCGGUGUCUGACAUCUCUGUGACGGCAGUGAAACGAGUGCACCAGGCUCCCUGGAGAGGCAGUGUCCAAAAGAAUGACACCUGGCAAUGGAUUGAUAAUUUUUGCCUCCUGAUACUUGGAGGGGUUCCUUGGCAAGUGUAUUUCCAGAGAGUUCUGUCCGCCUCCUCGGCUACCUACGCACAGGUCCUGUCCUUCCUGGCUGCUUUCGGCUGUCUUGUCAUGGCUGUGCCGUCCGUUCUCAUCGGAGCCAUCGGGGCCUCCACAGACUGGAACCAGACCUCAUAUGGUGCCAUUUCCCCUGAAGACAAGUAUGAAGCAGACAAGAUUCUACCCAUAGUCCUCCAACACCUUUGUCCACCAUUUGUUUCAUUUUUUGGCUUGGGUGCGGUUUCAGCAGCAGUUAUGUCCUCUGCAGACUCGUCUAUCCUGUCAGCGAGCUCCAUGUUUGCGAGGAACAUCUACCAGCUGGCGUUUCGACAGUCGGCAUCAGACCGAGAGAUUGUGUGGGUGAUGCGUAUCACUAUCUUCGUGUUUGGUGGGCUCGCCACAGUGAUGGCGUUGGUAACUGGCACCGUUUAUGGCCUUUGGUACCUGAGUUCAGACUUGGUUUACGUCAUCAUCUUCCCCCAGUUGCUCAGUGUUCUCUUUGUCAAAGGCACUAACACGUAUGGCUCAGUGGCUGGCUACGGUUUUGGCUUGGUGUUGCGUAUUGGUGGAGGAGAGCCCUACCUGCAGCUGCCACCAUUCAUUUAUUACCCCGGCUGGACCACUGAACUGCGAGAGCACCAGAUAACUGGAGAAAUGGAGGAAGUUGUCAUCCAAAAAUUUCCUUUCAAGUCCGCCUCAAUGCUUGCCUCCUUUCUGGGAAAUGUUGCUUUUUCCUACCUAGCCAAGUACCUGUUUGAGAGCGGCAAGCUGUCACCCAAGUACGACUUUUUUGACGCAGUGGUCUCCAAGCACAGCAGAGAGAUUAUGGAUAAGACGACGCUUGUUAAUUGGGGCAACAACAUUGGACUAUCUGAGAUGGUGUCUGUCAAACCACGACUGAGCGUUACUUUGGCGGCAGCUUUUACGCGCCGCAACACGCUGCCUACAGAAACAGUUGAGGAAGAGGAGGAGGAGUCCAGCCCUGACUCCUCCCAUGAUAAUGACAAAUAACAAACUGUAAAUGUGGUGCAACAGGAGACUCCAGGACAACUUGUGACUCUGUAAGCUUGAGUAAUAAGACACUAGACGCCCUUAAAAUAUCGGGUAUUGCAAAGAGUUUGCGUCUGUCCAUCCAUCCAUAUGCCAGUCUUCAAAUUCACAGGGAACAUUCUUGAGACA